UUGUCUUAAUAAUACAUAAAUAAAAUUCGUAUAUCAUAUAUUUAUAACAGUGUUAUAUUUUUAGUUGUUCACUGUCAAUGUUGUUCUUAUUAAUACUAUGUUAUUUUUCUAGAUGUUAUACUCCUACAAAGAGAAAAAUUUCUUAGACAUUAUUAUUAGCAUUAUUAUUUUGACACCAAUUUUAUAUUGGAAGGAUACAGACACAGCCAAUGAUAAUGUUUGGGACGAUAGUGCAUUAAUAGAAGCAUAUGAUAAAGCAAUAAAUUUAGCAAAAGAAGAAGUUAUCAAGCGAAUGGGAAUGGAUGUUGGAAAUUCUCAACCGAAAGAAAACCUACAAAAUCUUAAGCAGCCUAAACACGCAAGUAAAUUACACAAGAAAUGGAUCAUAGGAGCACCUUGUCGUGCAAUAUACUCAGAGGAUGGAGAAAUUUAUGAAGCUAUAAUAUCAAAAAUUUACGAAAACAAUGGCACGUGUGUUGUAAAAUUUGUAGGCUAUGGUAAUACAGAGAAAGUCGAGUUGAGUUCUCUUUUAGAAUCAGAAGGUUUGCAAAGUCAAAUAGCACAACAAAAGAAAGCUUUGGAAGAGAAAUUCAAUGAAGAGAACGACGAGACUUGUGAGACUAAUUUUUCUACAAAUGUAAAUUCGAAAAAAUAUAAUGUAGAAAAAAUGGAUUGUGCACAUCACUUCAUAUCGGGACCAUCUUUCAAUUCGAUGACUGAUAUAAUGCCACCUGCACCUCCUUUACCACCAUAAUUAAUGGCCGAGUAAGUACAAUUUAAAAAUUCUAAUGAAAUGCUGAAUACUUCUAAUAUUAAUAAGUAAUUUGGAAUAAGUUUAACAUUUUAUUUGGAAAAAAAAAAAUACGAAAUUUUAAUAAAAUGUACUAGAUUACCAGAUAAUGAUACAGACGCACUUUCAAGUAUGUUGAUGUCAUGGUAUAUUAGUGGUUUUCACACAGGUUAUUAUCAUGGUUUGAAACAAGCAAGAAACAAUCAAGAGAACAGGAAGAAGUGUUGAUUAUAUCAAUUUUUUCAAUAACAAUAUAACGAUAAUAUAAGAUAUAAUAAAAUAUAAAACUCAUUGUAUUUAUUUACUUCAAUUAUUUGAAAUAAAGAACAGCUUUAUUUUCAUAUAA